CACCUGUGGCAUUAGUUUUCCACUGUCACAGUGUUUGUUUGAAGUUUAGCUUGCUCAAAACUGUUCUGUUGAAUUUGUUUCACCCAUCUGAACCAUUGACCCACAAAGAAAAGUUUAGUUGUUCCUGUGUUUCUUCAAUCACUGCUUUCAUUUUAUGAAAUUUAGAAGUUUUUAAUCUGUUAGUCAUGUCAACAGUCGUGGAUGUGACGAAUGAGGAAACCUUGUUAGUGGCUAUGGAGUCGACUGCCUGUGAAACUCAUCAUGCACCUUUACCAGAACUUUCUGGAGUUUCCUCCAUUACAUCACAGAGUGAAUCUGCUGAAGGUCAUGAGCAGCAUCAACUUCGAGUCUACUUGAAAGUGCGCCCGUUUAGUGAAGAAGAACUCAAAAGCAAUGAAAAUCAGGGUUGUGUGUUGCUGGAGAACUCUGAGAUCAUUUCCCUUCAUGCUCCUAAAGGAUCUGCUACCAUGAAGAACAGCGAGAAGGGCAUAGGCCAGCAGGUUUAUAAAUUUAACUUCACACAGAUCUUUGGGCCAACAUGUACUCAAUCCGAGUUCUUUGAGGGAACAAUCAGUUCACAGGUGCAAGAGUUUCUACAUGGAAAAAAUGCAUUGGUGUUCAGUUAUGGAGUUACCAACGCUGGAAAAACCUACACCAUACAAGGUUCUCAGAAGGAGCCGGGCAUUUUGCCGCGUGCGUUAGAGGUUUUGUUCAAACACAUCACUGGCCGCCAGUAUGAGACCAUGGAUCUAAAGCCAUAUUUGAGCUCAGACGUGCAGAAACUGGACUCGGAGCAAGUUAAAGCAGAGAGAAAUGCCAAGGCAGCACUCUUCGCUCUGCUUAAAGAGGAUCCUGAACCCUCAAGAGCCAGCAGAAGUAGAAGCUCAUCCUCUGUGAACAGUCUGUCUUUCUCUGGAGUCUCGUAUGAUCAUACGGUUGACAGUGCUGAUGGUGUCACUGAUGAAAGCCAUUGUUUUUACUCUGUUUGGGUGGCAUUUUAUGAGAUCUACAACGAGCACGUGUAUGAUCUGCUUCAGCCGGCACACACCAGCAAAACCAAGAGGCGUCCUGCGCUGCGGGUGUGUGAGGAUGGUGUGGGGAGCUCUUACGUCAGAGAUUUGCGAUGGGUCAAUGUCCAGAACGCAGAGGAGGCCAGCAAGGUUCUACGUGUGGGAAAUAAGAACCGCAGCGCAGCAUCCACAAAGAUGAACCAGUCAUCCAGCAGAAGUCACAGCAUCUUCACCAUCAAACUGAUCCGUAUUGAAGGAGCAGAUGUCCAGGGAUUAUCCGAUCUUUCGCUUUGUGACUUGGCCGGCUCUGAACGAUGCAACAAAACCAAAACGUUUGGAGAGCGUCUGAAAGAGGCCGGAAACAUCAAUAAUUCAUUACUGAUCCUCGGCAAGUGUAUCGCAGCCCUUCGGAAUAACCAAAAUGAAAGUGUUCCUGUGCGAUCUUGUUUUCCUCUAAGGACAAAGACCCAUUACGUACCGUUUCGAGAGAGCAAACUAACACGGCUCUUUCAGGGAAUGUUUUGUGGGCGUGGCCGAGCUUCCAUGAUUGUGAACAUCAACCAAUGUGCCUCCACUUAUGAUGAAACCCUCCAUGUCAUGAAGUUCUCUGCUGUCGCCAAGCAGGUACUACAGGUGAUACCACAGAGAUCUGUGGAGUCUUUGGCACCUCGACUGGUUAAUCGUGAUGGAAAGCCAUUGCUGAAAAAUGGUGUGAUUGAUGACCAGGCGGUAGAUGAUUAUCUAUCUGAAGAAGAGUUACUGGACAGUGAUGAUGAAGCAGACAUGUCAAUAUUACCUCAAGAGGAGUUGAUGAGUUUGGUGGAGAGUUUGCGCGUCAAGCUGUUGGCCGAGCGCAGAAAGAACCUGCUGCAGGAGAUUCAGAUCCGCAAGGAAAUGGGAGAUGCAAUGAUGCAACAAAUCAUGGAGGCAGAGGAGCUGCACAGUCGUCAGGUGAUGGAUCUAAAGGAGAGUUAUGAAGAGAAGAUGGAGAGCACUUUUGACAUGUAUAAAGAGGCUUUGAAAGAACAUGCGUACCAGUGUGCUCUGGAGAGGCUGGAGGAAGAUUAUGUCCCGAUAGAGGAAUUCAAUGAAGAGCAAGAACGAGUCAAGGAGCUCGAGAAGCUUGUGAGUGAACUGGAACAGAAAUGCCAGCGUUCUGCAUCCACAGCCGCUCCAACCGUCACACAGGAGAGCUCCAUACAGACUGAUCCACUGCCUGCUACGCAAGACGCUGAGAGAUAUAAAAUGCUGUACAAGGAAAAGUGCGCCGUGGAGAAACUUUGUGUCGAGAAACAAGAGCUGCUUGUGUCUCUCGAGCGGCGAAUCGUUGAGUUAAAUGAAACCUUGCAAGAAGCCGGCGAGAGCUACAUGGAGAAACUUGCUGAGGUUCAAAAUCUACAGAACAGACUCUCAACCCAGGAACGUGAAAUUGAGCGGUUACAGAGUGAUGUCAUGAACAAAGAGGCGGGGCUGAGUAGUUUGAGGGAGGAGCUUUCUAAGCUGAAUGAUUCUGCAGGGCCGUCUCGUACAAGACGUGGUCUGCUAGUCAACAUUAAAGAGUCGAUGACGCCGCAGUCUACAGGAAAUCUGUGUCGCACCAUCAGGAAAUCUGUGAGGGCAACGACAACUCUCAGGAAGAAACCCAGCUGACUGUGAAUCCUUAAAAACUCAACUCGAGCAAUGCGUGUUUUAUCGGUUUUAAUUAUUUGAGGUUUUUAAUGUGCUUCUAUUUAUGUAUAAUAAAACUAUUCAAAAAGUCA